AUGUUUCAGUGCGGCUAUCUCGAGGGCCUGCGCUCAUCACUCGGUGGCUGGACGCAGAAAGUAAAGUCGUGGUACUGGGGAAGACCUCUAGAGUUGGCACAUAAGUUGUCCCGAAGCUUUGACAUGAAGGAAGAAGGUGGAGCACUGCUGGACGAGCGAGGAGGCAUUCGACGGCACCAAUCGAUGCAACGCCUCCAGCACGGUGAGACGCAACUCGACGAGAAUCGGGCAGCGAGAGUAGUACCUGACCACCAUGGCAACCUGCACAUCACCGUUAAGAAGACCAAACCUAUACUUGGAAUCGCCAUUGAAGGUGGCGCCAAUACAAAACAUCCGCUGCCGAGAAUAAUCAAUAUACAUGAGCAUGGUGCGGCUUACGAAGCUGGCGGAUUGGAGGUGGGCCAACUUAUAUUGGCUGUGGAUGGGCAUCGAGUGGAAGGCAUGCAGCAUCAGGACGUCGCGCGGCUUAUCGCGGAAUCUUUCGCUCAGAGAGAUAAACCGGAAAUCGAGUUUCUGGUCGUCGAAGCGAAAAAGUCCAACUUGGAGCCAAAGCCAACCGCGCUGAUUUUUUUGGAGGCCUAA